AUGCUUGGUCAGGUGCCCCGGGCGCCCGCCUCAGGCUGCCACUAUCUGGGCGGCGGGUCACCUGAGGCCCAGGACAUGUACUUGCGAUUUGACCAGACUGCCCGGCGCUCGCCCUACCGGGUCAGCAGGAUCCUCGCGCGCCACCAGCUCGUGACAAAAAUCCAGCAAGAGAUUGAAGCGAAGGAAGCAUGUGACUGGCUGCGAGCCGCUGGGUUCCCACAGUACUCCCAGCUCUACGAGGAUUCACAGUUUCCCAUCAACAUCGUGGCUGUCAAGAAUGACCAUGAUUUUCUUGAAAAGGACCUUGUAGAACCUCUUUACAGACGCCUAAAUACAUUGAACAAGUGUGCCUCAAUGAAACUUGAUGUGAACUUCCAAAGGAGAAAGGGUGAAGACUCCGACGACGAGGACCUCUGCCUCAGUCACAAAUGGACUUUCCAAAGGGCCAGCCGGAGAUGGUCUCGCGUGGACGACCUGCCCACGCUCUUCCCAGGAGGGGACGACAGAGAUGGGUCUGCAGGCGACAUUAGGAUAAAGACCACGCCGAGCAGUGAGAGUGUGCUGACCGAGCUGAGUGAGCCCGAGGUGUCCUCCGUACACAGCGGCAGCAGCGGGGGCAGUGAGGGCCCACUCCCACCGGAUGCCUCCCGGGACCUCACACAGUACCCUCCACACCCCAAGAAUGAGAAGCCAGGGAAGACCAGGGCCAAGUCUCUUCUGAGACGCAUGGAGACCCUCCGAGGUAAAGGGGCGCCCAGCAGGCACAAGGGGCCGGGGCCUGGGGUCCUAAGUGGGCUUCAGCUGCCCAAUGGCGACCUCCGGAACUCACCACGCCCAGGGGUCUCCCCGCAAGGGCCCUCACACUCCACCAAAGGCGGCAGCAAGUUGGAGCCUAGCAGUUGCAGCAGCAGGCAUGGCGCCACGGGCCUGCAGGACCAGAGAGGUCGCGAGUCCAGCAAGAGGGGUGGCAUGUACCUGGAUGACCUGGACGUGCUGGCCAGCACGCUGAGAGGCUCUAGUGAGUGGGGAGCCAGCGAGCAGGGCCCCGCGCAUGCCUUCCGCUCCCAGGAGAGCCUGCUCGUGCAUAUCCCCAAGGACCACAAGCCGGGGACCUUCCCCAAGGCGCUGUCCAUCGAGAGCCUGGCUCCAAUGGACAACGGCUACCAGGGGGCCUGGACAGGUGGAAGUGUGGCACUGGGGGCACAGCAGGACCCCAGCACCAGACCGCCCCAGCUAGUGGCCACCUGUUCCCGAGAGAGCCGCGCCAGCAUCUACGACAAUGUGCCUGGCAACCACCUGUAUGCUAGCACUGGGGACCUGCUGGACCUGGACAAGGACGUUGUCUACCCAGGCCUGGAUGACAUCCUGCAACAAGUCAACGGGAUAAAGGAUGUGGUCAAUGACUGGUCCAGGGACCUCCUGCCCGACCUGCAGCCCCCUGAUGGGCCCGGGGCACCUGGCACGUCCUUGCUCCCAUCCCUGCACCCGGUCCCCCUGGACUUCGAAGGGACCUCCGCCUCUGAAGGCCGGACCACCCCCAGCGAUGUGGACAGAGAUGGAGCGUCGCUGAUGGAGGCCGAAGCCCCCGGGGUCAGAGAACGGCGGGACUCUGGGGUCGGGGCCUCACUGACCAGGCCCAGCAGGCGCCUCCGGUGGGACAGUUUCCAGCUCUCUCACCAGCCGCAGCCGGUCACAGAGUCGCCGCUCAUCAGCCACCAGACGGCUGGCCAGCUCAACCUGCUGCAGCGUUUCUCGCUGCUUCGCCUGACGGCCAUCAUGGAAAAACACUCCCUGUGCAGCAAGCACGGCUGGACGUGGUCUGUCCCCAAGUUCAUGAAGAGGAUGAAAGUGCCUGAUUAUAGAGACAAGGCUGUCUUUGGGGUCCCACUGAUCGUGCACGUGCAGAGGACCGGGCAGCCUCUGCCGCACAGCAUCCAGCAGGCUCUCAGGUAUCUGCGCACCAGCUGCCUCGACCAGGUGGGCCUGUUCCGGAAGUCGGGUGUAAAAUCUCGGAUCCAGGCCUUGCGGGAGAUGAACGAGAGCUUCCCAGAGCACGUCAACUAUGAGGACCAGUCCGCCUACGACGUGGCUGACAUGGUCAAACAGUUCUUCAGGGACCUCCCUGAGCCACUGUUUACCAGCAAGCUCAGCGACACCUUCCUCAACAUCUACCAAUAUGUCCCCAAGGAGCAGCAGCUGCAGGCAGUCCAAGCGGCCAUCCUGCUGCUGGCGGAUGAGAACAGGGAGGUCCUCCAGACGCUCCUGUGCUUCCUCAACGACGUAGUCAACGUGGUGGCGGAGAACCAGAUGACACCCAUGAACCUGGCCGUGUGCCUGGCCCCUUCCCUGUUCCACCUGAAUUUACUAAAGAAGGAAGCAUCUCCGAGAGCCAUUCAGAAGAAGUAUGCCACCGGGAAGCCGGACCAGAGGGACCUCAAUGAGAGCCUGGCCGCUGCACAGGGCCUGGCGCACAUGAUCACCAAGUGUGACCAGCUGUUUGAGAUCCCCGCUGAGAUGGUAUCCCAGUCCAAAGGCUCCUACAAAGAGGCUGACAUCUAUAUCCCGACUCUGGAAGACCUGGGGAGGCGCACUGAAGAGAACGGAGCCACAUACCACACCUAUCUGGAGCAUCUCAUCUACAGCCUCCAGAAAGAGGCCAAGGACAAGUUCAAAGGGUGGGUCACCUGCCCCAGCUCAGACAACACCGAACUUGCUUUCAAAAAGGUGGGAGACGGGCACCCGCUGAAGCUGUGGAAGGCGUCCGUGGAGGUGGAGGCUCCCCCGUGCGUGGUGCUGAACCGGGUGCUGCGGGAGCGGCACGUGUGGGACGAGGACUUCAUGCAGUGGAAGGUGCUCGAAGCACUGGACAAGCACACCGAGGUCUACCAGUACAUGCUCACCAGCAUGGCACCCCACCCUCCCCGGGACUUUGUGGUCCUCAGGACCUGGAGGACGGAUCUGCCCAAGGGGACAUGCGUGCUGGUGUCCUUGUCCAUCCAGUAUGAGGAAGCCCAGCUGAUGGGUGGCGUGCGUGCGGUCAUGAUGGACUCACAGUACCUGAUAGAACCAUGCGGCUCCGGAAAGUCCAGACUGACCCACAUCUGUAGGGUCGACCUCAGGGGUCACUCCCCGGAGUGGUACAACAAAGGCUUUGGGCAUCUGUGCACAGCAGAAGUGGCCAAGAUCAGAAACUCUUUUCAGCCUAUCAUUGCUGGGGGCCCUGAAACAAAAAUCUGA